GUUCUGUAGACAGAGUGAAGAAAAGCAAACCCAGAGCCCACUGGUCAUUUCAAAGUUACUUUCUUGGGGAGGUGGGAACCGAGACUGAAGACCAGGACAAUAAUCUGUCAAUUACCCGUUACUACUUUUAGAAUUCCAACAGAGAGUGGAAGGGUGAGCACUCAGAAGCAGUAAACCAUCCGGAAGAGGCUGGCCGUUGCCCUGGCAGGUCAGUUCUUAAGGAGAGCCUCCCUCCCAAGCUGAAGGGAAUUGUGGCUGGUUGAGCUACGCAGCAGUUGGAAGGAACAUAAGCUGGAUUGAAGGCAGGAACUCACUCCCAAUUCUAAAAGAGAAACAGCCAUGAAUUGCUUCAGAACUUCAUCAAGCAACUCUUGGGUUUAUCCUACUGUGAUACUCUGCUUAUUUGGAUUUUUCUCCAUGUUAAGACCCUCAGAACCAUUCUUAAUCCCAUAUUUGUCUGAACCAAGCAAGAAUCUAACCAGUAUAGAGGUGACAAAUGAGAUCCUUCCUGUUUGGACAUACUCUUACCUGGUCCUGCUGCUCCCAGUGUUUGUCCUCACCGAUUACCUACGCUACAAGCCAGUCAUGAUCCUCCACAUCGUUAGCUUCAUCAUUACCUACCUGCUGCUCUUCUUUGGCCAAGGCGUGACGCUCAUGCAGAUAGCUGAGUUCUUCUUUGGGAUGGUCUCAGCCACAGAGGUGGCGUAUUAUGCCUACAUAUACAGUGUGGUCAGCCCAGAGCACUAUCAGAAGGUGAGCAGCUACUGCCGGAGUGUCACACUGGUGGCUUACACAGCAUCCGCCGUGCUGGCCCAGCUCCUGGUAUCCCUGGCAAAACUGCCAUACUCUGACCUCUUUGUCAUAUCCCUGGUCUGUGUCUCUGUGGCUCUCCUUUUCUCACUCGCUCUACCAAUGCCUCAGAAGAGUGUGUUUUUCCACGCAAAACCUAACAGAAAAGCUUGUCAAAAGCCAGUGGAACAAGAUUCUGUCCUAAAGGAAGCUCAGAAGGGCCACAAAACAGCUCACCAAGAACUCUUCACCACUCCAGGGAAUCCAGAGGACAGAGAGCUGAGCAGCCUAAGGCCAGGAAAUGUGGCUUUGAGCAUCUUUGUGCAGUGGUCCCAAGAUCUGAAGGAGUGCUACUCCUCAAAGCACCUUUUUUACUGGUCUCUGUGGUGGGCUUUUGCCACAGCAGGUUAUAACCAGGUCUUGAACUUUGUUCAAGUUCUGUGGGAACACAAGGCACCCUCCCAAGACUCUUCAGUCUAUAAUGGAGCAGUAGAAGCUAUUGCAACAUUUGGAGGAGCUUUGGCUGCCUUUGCAGUUGGCUGUGUGAAGAUCAACUGGGAUCUGCUAGGAGAGCUGGCCCUGGCAGUCUUCUCUGUUGUCAGCGCAGGCUCCCUGUUCCUCAUGUGCUACACGUCCAGCAUCUGGGUGUGCUAUGCUGGCUAUUUAGUGUUCAAGUCCAGCUAUAUGCUUCUUAUAACCAUAGCAGUAUUUCAGAUCGCAGUUAAUUUGAGUGUGGAGCGCUAUGCCCUGGUCUUUGGCAUGGACACCUUUAUUGCCUUGGUGAUCCAGACCAUCAUGACUGUAAUUGUGGCAGAUCAAAGAGGACUCCACCUGCAAGUCACCAUUCAGCCAAGUGCGCAAAGAACAUGCCAAGCCCUGCUACCAUUCAGAGUCCAACUGAGCCACACCCAGAGGAGCCAAGAAAUCUGUCAACCAAGCUCUGACCUGAUACCAUCAACUCCAGUGACAAAAGGGCAGGGUUUUGAGAUGGACAGCAGAAAGUGCUUUGCAUUCGCAGACACGCUCGGCCAGUAUGGAUUUCAAAGCCACAGCAAAAUCUAUGCUACAAACCAGAUGUCUAUAUGCCCAGCUGAAUUGCAUGCAGUCCAAGUGGGCCCUCACAGUUGUGUUAGUCACUCUUCUUGUUGCUAUGACAAAACACCUGACAAGAAGAAACUCAAGGAGGGAACUUAAUUUAUUUAGGCUCACAGUUUUGUGAGGAUACAAUCAUGGUGGGGAAGGCAUAGCAGCAGCAGGAGGAGGAGGCUGCAGGUCACAUGGCAUCUGCAGUCAGGAAACAGAGGGCCGUGCGUGCUGGUGCUCAGCUUGCCUCCUCCUUUUCACUCAGCCUAGCACCCCAGCCCAGGGAAUGGUGCCAUACACAUCUGAGGUGAGUUUUCCCACCACAGUUAACCUACUCUAGAUAAUUCCUCAAAGAUAUUCACAGAGGCUUGAGUCUUCAGUGAUUCUAGAUUCUGUCAAAUCAACAUUAACAGUAUUAACAGCCGAACAGCCUGUGUUGGAGACCCUCAUAGAACUGGGAAAUUCUAGUUCUGAUCCCUUGUAAGAAUAAGAAAAUGGCACGGAAACAAGCUGUGAGGAAACCCCAGGUAUCUGGAGUUGAUGCUCCCAUGAGCAAGCACAGACACCAACGGGACUGACCUGUGCCCCACUUAGGUGCUUACUGGAUCUAAGCUGUGGCACAUGGGACAUUUUUCUUCAUCUUCCACUAAGUGAGUUUUUGUUUUACAUUAAUCUUUGAGAGAAUGAUCAGGUUUGGUCCCCUUUCUAAGAUUCCUUUUCAACUCUAAAAAUAGCAUUGCUUUGUUCACACACUGUGAUUGGAUAAUCUCACCAUUGUAAUUUUUAUAGUUAUUUUUCAUUUUGUGGUCUGCUGAACUUCCUGUUGAAACUCUACUUCUCCCAUGCCUAUGUGUCUAUGAAUGAUUUCACAUCAAUUUUCAGUGCUCUGGGAGAGGUGAUGAGCCUCCUUCCUACCAUCCAAGCACUGAGAUAUGUCCUCAGCCCCAUACUUAAUGUUUAAAUGGCAGAGAAUAUACUAAUGAAAUUAUUAAAAAAAUUUUAAAAGUCCAAUUUUUUAUUUCUGCUGAAAGUUGUCCUAGAAUAUAUGUCAUUUGAAACACAGUGGAGAAUUAUUCUGGGAAAAAGGAAUGCUGAUUUAGGAUUUGUAAUUCAAAUAUAUUUUAUCACAAAUUCCAAAAUUCUUUCACUGGUAUUAAAAUUCAUCCCCAAAGCCAAAACAGUGGUAUCUUAGCUGCAGUUUUGUUUUUUGUAAUUUCAGUACCUAUGGUCAACCACAGCCCAAAAUUAGCAAGUAAAAAGUUCUAGAAAUAAACAGUACAUCUUUAAACUGUACGCUGUUCUGAAGCACACAAAUAAAAAUCUCACUGUCUGCUUUGCCCUGCCUGAGAUGUGAUUGUGGAACUGUCACAUCAUGGUUCCCUCAGUUUUCAGAUCUACUGUGGUCCCAUCUCAGCACUUACAUUCAAACAAACUUUAUUUUUGUUAAUGACCUCAAAGUGCUAGAGUAGCAAAGCUGGAAACCAAGAAACGUGGAAAGAAGCUGACCAUCACAGGUGUGUGUAUAUGUAAAAACGUAGCAUGGAUGUAAAAACAUGGCAGGCUCCAUUACUGUCUGUGGCUUCAGCCUCCACUGGAGGUCAUGGAAUGUGCACGCCCUGGAGAAAACUAGUAACAACCUAUCUAGAUGGAGAGAAUAACCAUUGCUUAUUUAACUUCUUGUACUUGAGAUGCUAGCCAGUAUAAUCACACAGGAAAAAAAAAAAAUCAGAAGUCAAACAGUGGAAAAGAAGAGGCAGAAUGUUCCAGAGGCUACAAGUAUAUCCAAGAGCCUCAACCGAAAACUGAGAAACCAACAGUUUCUGUAAUACAACGAUCUGUAAGACGUGAGUGGGAAAGACCCCACUUAGAGUGGAACAAAGUGGUAAAUACAUAUGACCGCGCUUACUCUAUUAAGUGUGUGGGAUACAUGAAUAGGCCUGAAAACAGGUCAAAAAGUAACAUCUAGGGGCUGCAGAGAUGGCUCAGUGGUUAAAAGCACUGGCUGCUCCGGAAGGGACCUGGGUU